AUGACUCUCCCAUCCUAUGACGACUCAAACCUUCCCACAACAACCAUGGCCGAGGAAGUGAACGCCGUCAAUGCCGCUAUCGUCGCCGCCGUGGCUGCAGGGGAUAGCACCGCUUCAUUUACCACACAGCACCACCUCGAUGCCCUCCGUAUCGACAGCCUCGAGGCCAUCGAGAGCCUCGUCUCGGCCAGCGCACGACUCAAGCGGGCCGCCGAGGACGACGAGGACGCUAUCGAGGACAGCGUCAAGCUCCGCAAGCUUCAGGAAGAUCUCAACAACAACACCAAUGCAGCUGCGCAGGCUAGCGGUAUCAUCUCCAACAACAGCAGCCUCAAUACAAGCACCCACAACAGCCCGAGUCACACGACCUCUGUCGAAGUCCAGAUCUCUACUGUUGAUUCAGAUGAUACCAACAUGGAUACGCCCCUGGCAGAAGAGGCCACCCCCAUAGUUGCCGAGACGACCAUUGCAGAAUCCACCUCCGUUGUCGCCAAGGAUACCACUACAACCGACGCCGCUGCUCGUGUCAGCCCUACAAUCCACGAAGCCAUCACCGCAGCAGCCAAGACGAAUCACCUGAGUGCCACAUUCCACUCGAGUAUCAUGGCCGACCUGGAGCGGAUCCAUCAGGUGGCCAAGAUGGACCCGGCACAGAUGGCUUCCUUCUCAACCAAUCCCAACAACCAAGCAACCCUGGAGCAGCUAACAUCGAGUGCACUGGCUAGUGCCCUGGCACAGUCGCCCUUGACCGUCAGCACUCUUCACAACAACCUGCAGCUUCAACAGCCAACACCCCAACCAGAGACCACCCCCACUACCCAACAGCAACAGGACGCUGCUGUCCAAGGCAUCAUCGCCUCGAUCCCCGUGCCAGCAGCUGCUGCAGACGUCGCCACUGCGGACCCCGACGCUGGAAACGACUCUGCAUCCUCUCAGGACGAAGACGAGACAUUGAGCGGCAAGCGGACGAGCAGUCGCAACAUGACGAAUGACGAGAGGCGGCAACGUCGACUGUUGAGGAACCGAGUGGCGGCCAAGGAGUGUCGUAAGAAGAAGAAAGCCUACGUCGGCGAGUUGCAGGAUACAUGCGCACGAUUGCAGGAGGAGAACGCUAGACUGCUGCGGGAGAACGAGGAGUUGAAUGCCAAGAUCACUCUGGGCGCGAUGCGUAUUGACGAGAAUGUCCGGUUGAUCAAGGAGGUCGAGGAGCUGAACGCCAAGUUGACUCUGGGCGUGAUGACUGCUGGUGCUGCCGCCCAUGCCCAUGCUCAUGUCCACGAGCAUGACCACGUUCAAGACCCUGUCGCCGAAGAAUCACCCAAGGAGGAUCAUCCUGCUGUUGUUGAUGCCGCGGAUGAAACCCAACAACCGCAAGCGGGAGCGCAAGAGGUGGAAGCCAUCGCUACCGAGGCCGUCUAA